GAUUUCAAUGGGUUACGCUUGCCUUUGACUUUCACUUUCCGGUUCAGUUUUUGAGGGAGAGUUUAUGAUUUUUUGUUCCCAAAUCUCUCCUCUCUUCUUCCACCUCUCUCCCCCUCCCUCUCCCUCUCCCUCUCCUCUCACAACUAUGUAAAAACUCGAAGAAUAAAACCAAGCAAAGCCACGAUCACAAUCCUCUAGGGUUUUUCAACUCUCAAUCUCUUCAAUUGAACAGUCUCAGAUUCCCGCAUACACAGUCUCCCUCGAAUUCCAUCACUUCCCUGGUUUAUUGCAAUGCACCGCGUGGGUAGUGCAGGAAACAAUUCCAAUUCUGUUCGCCCGCGCAAAGAGAAGAGGCUUACUUAUGUUUUGAGUGAUGCUGAUGACACAAAGCAUUGUGCUGGCAUUAAUUGCUUGGCUGUGUCAAAGUCAUCUGUAUCUGAAGGGAGUGAUUACCUCUUCACUGGGAGUCGUGAUGGCACACUGAAAAGAUGGGCGUUGGCUGAAGAUUCCGCUACGUGCUCUGCUACAUUUGAGUCACAUGUUGAUUGGGUAAAUGAUGCUGUCCUUGUUGGUGAUAGCACACUUGUCUCCUGCUCUUCAGACACCACCCUCAAGACUUGGAGUUGCUUGUCUGAUGGAAUGUGUACCAGGACUCUUCGGCAGCACUCAGAUUAUGUUACUUGUCUUGCUGCAGCAGAAAAAAAUAGCAAUAUUGUUGCCUCUGGUGGCCUUGGUGGGGAGGUUUUCAUAUGGGAUCUUGAAGCUGCGAUCGCUCCAGUCUCAAAAUCAAAUGAUGCAAUGGAAGAUGAUUGUUCAAAUGGUGUCAAUGGUUCUGUUAACCCAUUGCCCUUGACAAGUUUACGUACCAUUAACUCAAGCAACAACAUAACUAUGCAUACAACUCAAUCCCAUGGAUAUGUCCCAAUUGCUGCCAAAGGCCACAAGGAGUCAGUUUAUGCAUUGGCAAUGAAUGAGAGUGGAACUAUUCUUGUCUCUGGUGGAACUGAGAAGGUGGUACGUGUUUGGGAUCCAAGAACUGGUUCAAAGACUAUGAAGCUAAGAGGGCACACUGAUAAUAUCAGGGCUCUGCUUUUGGAUUCUACUGGCAGGUUUUGCUUAUCCGGAUCAUCUGAUUCUAUGAUCAGACUAUGGGACCUCGGUCAGCAGCGUUGCGUGCAUUCAUAUGCUGUGCAUACAGAUUCUGUUUGGGCACUUGCCAGCACUCCAACUUUUGGCCAUGUUUAUAGUGGUGGGAGGGAUCUAUCUUUAUACUUGACAGACUUGGCAACAAGAGAGAGUCUUUUGCUUUGCUCGAAGGAUCAUCCCAUUUUGCAAUUGGCAUUGCAUGAUGAUAGCAUAUGGGUUGCAACAACAGAUUCUUCGAUUCAUAGAUGGCCUGCUGAGGGACACAAUCCUCAAAAGGUCUUUCAAAGAGGUGGUUCAUUUUUAGCUGGAAACCUGUCCUUUUCAAGGGCAAGAGUUUCUUUAGAAGGAUCCACCCUGGUUCCUGUCUAUAAAGAACCAACCUUAAGCAUACCUGGAACUCCAGCUAUAGUGCAGCAUGAAAUUUUAAAUAAUAGAAGGCAUGUCCUGACCAAGGAUACUGCUGGUUCAGUGAAGCUAUGGGAGAUCACGAGGGGCAUUGUAGUGGAGGAUUAUGGAAAGGUGUCAUUUGAGGAGAAAAAGGAAAAAUUAUUUGAAAUGGUAAGCAUUCCUGGGUGGUUCACUGUAGAUACAAGGCUUGGAAGCUUGUCUGUUCAUUUGGACACACCACAAUGCUUUUCUGCAGAGAUGUAUUCUGCAGACCUUAACAUAGCUGGAAAACCUGAAGAUGAUAAGGUUAAUCUAGCUCGUGAAACCCUUAAAGGUCUAUUGGCUCAUUGGUUGGCGAAAAGAAGGCAAAGACUUGGAUCCCAAGCUUCAGCUAAUGGGGAUAUUACUCCUAGAAGUCUAGCCCAUUCCAGAGUUGAGGUUGAUGGUAGUGCCGAGAAUGACUCAAUGGUGUAUCCCCCGUUUGAAUUUUCAACAGUUUCUCCUCCUUCAAUUAUCACUGAAGGCUCUCAAGGAGGCCCAUGGAGAAAGAAAGUUACUGAUUUAGAUGGAACUGAGGAUGAAAAGGACUUCCCUUGGUGGUGUUUAGAUUGCGUAUUGAAUAAUCGCCUCCCUCCAAGAGAAAAUACCAAGUGCAGCUUUUAUUUGCAUCCUUGUGAAGGCUCAGCUGUCCAGAUCCUCACACAAGGCAAACUAAGUGCACCCCGCAUACUGAGAAUACAUAAAGUCGUCAAUUAUGUCAUAGAAAAGAUGGUCCUUGACAAACCAAUGGAUAAUCCUGAUGGAACUUUUGCUCCUGGAAUGGGUGGAGGACAGUUGCAGCAUUCUGCAGUUGGUGAUGGAUCUUAUCGACCUGGACUGAAGCCUUGGCAAAAGCUUAGGCCGUCCAUAGAGAUUUUGUGCAACAAUCAGGUCCUGUCUCCAGACAUGAGCUUAGCCACAGUGAGAGCUUACAUAUGGAAGAAACCUGAGGAUCUGGUCCUCAACUAUAGAGUGGUUCAAGGAAGGUGACUAUACAACUUUGGGCGGAGCUCAUGAUGAUGGAAAUCUUGUGCUUGUGUACAAUAUUUUGGGGGAGUGCAUUGGUUCUUCUGGGGUGCUCAGCAUCAUCACUCGUGUAAUGGUCCUUGUAAAUUUGGAAAACCAAUUGAUUUUUGGCCAUUCUCCAAGCUAGCUGAGAAGAUCUUUGUUAGUGUUUUAUCUAGCCAUCAUGCAAGCUAUUUUUGACGGACAUAUCAAGGUCAUGGCAAGUCUGCAUGUGGCAGUAGAAGGUUUGUCUCUUGAGAAGUAAUGGCAAGGUGUUUGCGAAAGGGUGCCAAAGUAGUGUUAUGAUGUCGAAAGCUUUGUAGAUUUGUAUUGUUUGGUAUGAUACAUAGCCAUAGAGACUGUUAUUAAGUUUUUUCCUUUAUUUUUUUAAUGUCUUUUUUUCUCUUUUGUGGAAAUAAUACAAUUCCCAUUCAUUUUGAUCUAGUCAUUAUAUUUAUUUUGCCUACAAUUUUCCACCA